GAGUGUGUCAUAGGAUGAAAGACUUGAUUGAGGGCCCCUAGCUGCUAAUAACACUGCUGUGUAUUUCCUUAUUUUUUUCCUGAGCCCAUUUUUUACAUGUUGUCUUCACAUUUUUGUUUAUGUAACAGAAACAUUACAGUCUGUUGGUAGCUUUAAAAGGAAAAGAAUUACCAUUACCAAGUCCUUGUACCUAUUUUAUGGCUAUAUUAACAGCCUGCUUCUUUUAUAAUCUCUCAUUUUCCCUGUAAUGGCAUUUAGGUUGGUUCCAGUAUUUGCUCUCAUGAAAUUUUAGCUCUUUAGGAUAAACUCCUUAGAUUGCUGGAAGCAGAAUUAUUCAUUUUAAAGGGUAUAAGCUUGUUUUUUUUUCUUUUUAACUUUUUUUAGCUUUUUAAAAUGUUAGUGUCUUAUAAUACAAUGUAAAUCACUGGGCUAGGGAUGUGGCUCAGAGGUAGAGCAUUUGCCUAGUCUAGCUGAUGCCCUGGGUUUAGUUCCCAUCACCUCAACACUGCACUGCAAAAAAAACCCCAAAAAUAAUGAAAGAUUCUGCCAUGGUGUGGCUUAUGUCAGUGUAGUGACAGCACAGAGCCUUUAAAGACCCCUGGAACUGGUCUUGGUGUGCCCAGUCGCUACUUCUUUUGGGAAGAGGGUCCUGGGGCUUCGUGGUGGCCUCAUGGAGACCCCUCACUCAGACACCUCUGGAGGGGCGGCAGGGCUGGAGCCCAGGGUGCACUUCCGAGUGACAAGGUUCAUCAUGGAGGCAGGGGUCAAACUAGCCAUGCGGUCCAUUCCCAUCGCCACUGCCUGCACCAUCUACCACAAGUUCUUCCGCGAGAUCAGCCUGGACGCUUAUGACCCUUACCUGGUUGCCAUGUCGUCCAUUUACUUGGCCGGCAAGGUGGAGGAGCAGCACCUGCGAAUCCGCGACAUCAUCAAUGUAUCCAACAGCUACUUCCACCCGGGUAGCGAGCCCUUGGAGCUGGACUCGCGCUUCUGGGAGCUCCGGGACAGUGUCGUACAGUGUGAGCUCCUGGUGCUGAGGGCUCUGCGCUUCCAGGUCUCCUUCCAGCACCCACACAAGUACCUGCUCCACUACCUGAUGGCCCUCAAACACUGGCUGAAUCGGUACAGCUGGCAGCGGACCCCCGUCACCAUUGUGGCCUGGGCCUUGCUGAGAGACAGCUACCAUGGGGGGCUGUGCCUUCGCUUCCAGCCCCAGCACCUGGCUGUGGCUGUACUCUAUUUGGCCCUACAGGUCUAUGGAGUAGAAGUGCCUGCGGAGGAGGAGGCUGAAAAGCAAUGGUGGCAAGUGUUUAGUGAAGACCUUACCAAGCCAAUCAUUGAUAGCAUUGUAUCUGACCUCAUUCAGAUUUAUGCCAUGGACACAGAGAUCCCUAAGCCUCUAGCCUAGGCCUGCCCAAAGAAAAGCCCAUGAUGGUUGGCUGCCUGGAAACUGUGCCAUCACUUUGCUGCCACCCCUGGUGCCCUGAGUACCAGCUGGGAGGACUGGUUUUGCUGGUGAAGGUGAUGACACGGUUGCUGCUUUGACUGUCACUAGCAGCAUGGUCCAGAGGACGUGAGGAGCUCUGCCUCCAGCCUGCAGGGAGCUCACAGUGUGUGGCUGUCUGAGGCGGCAGCAUUCCCUUUGUUCUGUGAGAAGACUGACUGCAACCAAAAUGUGAUCUCACUGACUGGAGAGUCAAAGAACAGAUGGGACUGCAUCCCUAGGGAUCCCUUUAAAGCCAGAUUUAUAACAAGUGUGUAUAUGCAACACAGAUGCAGUUUUGUUUGUGUAAUUAAAUAUGGUACAACUCAAAAAUUUCAGAUAAAUCUACUGUGUAGUAUGUACUAACCAUGCAUUAAUUUUAUUUCAUAUUUUUACAACAGUACCAUGACUUUCUUAUAAUUUGAUGUUUUACAUGUUUGUCACUAGUUUUAUUUUGAAGUAACUAUAGGCUCACUAGAAGUCACAAGAUAAUACAGUAAGGUUGGUGUAGCUCUUACCUACAUUUCUCCAAUGAUUAUAUUUUAUAAAAUUGUAUAGUAUCAAAAAUAGGAAAUUGGUAUUGCUACAAAUUGUGUGUAUGUAUAUAUAGUCAUUUUCCACAUACAUAGAUUUGUUUACUUGUACAUUUUCUUAUAUAUUAUUGUUAUGUAUAGUUUACUAUCGCAGGUUCAGUUUCCAAGUUAAUUGGUUUCUUUACUCUGCUAUGGGCCCACUACUGUUUCUUUUUCUUUUUUGUCAGUCAUGGGGCUUGAACUCAGGGCUUGGGCUCUGCCCCUGAGCUCUUUUGCUCAAGGCUAACCAUUGCUCAAUGCUGUACUAUUUUGAGCC